GUCAACUCUGUACGUUGGACGUAUCUCUAUGAUCGGAGCGAAAGUGCUUUGAAAGCUUGUAUAUAUGCCGAUUGUCUUCGGUAUUUGAUUCUAUACGGAUAAAUCUAAAGGAUAUAAAGCAGUUGUUGGAACUCUCGAACCCAGCAACCUUCUCAGCCUUCAGUUACUCAUCAUUAGUAUGUCUGCCAUCCCAAUUCGCAAGCUGAACACCGGGGCCGUUAUCCCAGGCAUUGGACUCGGUUGUGGUAGCGAUUUAACACCAGAGGGUAUUCGAGAAACCAAGAACUGGGUUCUGAGCGCGAUCAAACUUGGUUACCGACUCUUAGAUACUGCGGCACUUUAUGGAACCGAAAGCGUGGUUGGGAAAGCCGUCAGAGAGUCCGGCGUUUCCCGCGAAGAGAUCUUUGUGACAACAAAGCUGCACUGGACUCACCCUUCCAUCUUCUGGAAGUCGCUAGAUGACUCACUGGAGGCAUUGAAUGUAGGCUACGUUGAUCUGUAUUUGAUGCAUUCUCCGAUAACUUGGAAGUACGAAGGAGAUGGGUUCGGUAUGGACAAGAUCUUUCCGAAAGACGAGAAUGGGAAUGCCAAGUUGCUCGAUCACCCUAACUUCAACGAGACUUGGGCUAUGAUGGAAAUGGCACUCGCCACAGGUAAAGUCAGAGCAAUUGGUGUGAGCAAUUUCUCCAUUAAAACCUUGGAACAACUCCUGAAAACGGCCAAAGUCGUUCCUGCUGUCAACCAAGUCGAGAUGCACCCGUUUCUAGUCCAGGAGGACCUCUUACAAUACUGCAGGAGCAAGGGUAUUAUUGUUGAAGCCUACACUCCGACGGGGUAUUCCAACGUCCUGGACUUACCCCUCAUCAAGGAACUCGCUGACAAGUACAAUGUCACGCCUGUCCAACUUGUCCUAGCCUGGCAUAUCGCUCGUGGUGUAAUCCCAUUGCCAAAGAGUACCAACGCUGGAAGGCAGAAACAGAACAUCACUCUUCCUACCUUGGAUCCUGAGGACGUCAAACGUAUCAGUUCUCUAGACAGGGGAGAGCGUUUGACACAAAUUAUUGACAAGAAAGAUGGACGUCUCUGGGGUGCUUGGACCGCAGAGCAGCUAGGCUGGUAGAGUCAGAGGUGUUGACAGCUAAGUGAAAGGAUUCCCGAGUAGAAUCACCAUCCAAUACGAAACAUCUUGUGAUACUUGAGAGUUAGCCCUCAGCGAUCGGAUAUUUGGAUGUAUGCCGAAACAAUUCGCAAUAUCAGAGGCAUGUAUGAAAUUAUUCUUAACUCUACAAAAGUUUAGAUAG